AUGGCUGCUGCUUCCGCCUCCGCUUCAACCCAGUGUUUUAACUCACGCCUCCCACUCACUGAUAAUUACCAUUCUCAUCCUCGUCAUGGUGGUAGCAGCAUUCUACGCCUUCAGCUGUCUCAGAUACCCAAAUCGCUCUCUCUUUCUUCAUCUUCAUCUUCCAUAGGAGGUGCAAUUGAGAGGAAGGACCAUCACCCCCAGUGUUCGUCUUUUGCACGAACUGCGGCUGUUCGCCAUCUCGUUGGUUCCGUCACCACAACUCAGGGCCUUCGUUUCGCAGUGGUUGUAGCGCGGUUUAAUGAGAUUAUCACAAAGCAGCUGUUAGAGGGAGCACUGGCGACUUUCAAGAAUUAUUCAAUUAAAGAAGAGGAUAUUGAUGUUGUAUGGGUUCCUGGUAGCUUUGAAAUUGGUGUAGCUGCACAGAGGCUUGGAAGUUUAGGACGAUAUCAUGCAAUUUUAUGCAUUGGAGCUGUGAUAAGAGGUGAUACAACUCAUUAUGAUGCAGUUGCUAAUUCAGCAGCAUCUGGAGUACUUUCAGCUGGAUUAAAAUCAGGAGUUCCAUGCAUUUUUGGUGUCCUAACUUGUGAUAAUAUGGAGCAGGCUUUAAACCGAGCUGGUGGUAAAUCUGGAAAUAAGGGUGCAGAGACUGCUUUGACAGCUAUUGAGAUGGCAUCUUUGUUUGAGCACCAUCUGAAGUAG